AUGUUUAAUGAACAAAUUGCCGGCGACUGUCCAAUUAAGAAUGUCAGCCAGCAUGGCAACACUAUUCCAUUGGGUGGCAUACGCAACCAAGGAUUUCUGGUUGCGUGUUUUCAGAUCCCGUCAGGGGUUAGGUGGUUAAAGAAAUUUUUAGACGAUUGUGACAUAAGUUCUAUACCAGCACAGCAGAGUCGUCAAACAGAAAACCAUUCCGGACAACAACUGACGGAAUAUAAACUUUACUCAUGCCCGUAUUGUGGCCGGUCUUUUAGUCAGAAGACAAACAUGCGGCGCCACGUUAAGAUUCAUACUGGAGAGAAAGACUGUAAGUGCAAGGUGUGUGGUAAGGAGUUCCGGUUAAAACAACAUUUAAAGGGACACAUGUUGACUCAUAUGAAAUAA